GGCGCGCGGGCCGGGAGGCUGCGCCCACCCUGCGGCGGCGGCUGCCGGGCGAAGCCAUGGGCACGGUGCCGUCCGCGCUGAAGCACUGCCUCAGCUACCAGCACCUCCUCAAGGAGCAGCCGUGGAUCGCGGAGCCGUCCGCGGCCGCGCACCCCGCGCAGGAGCCUCAAGCAUCUGGACUGCCUCAAUACAUAAAGAUUGUAGAAGUUGGCCCAAGGGAUGGAUUACAAAAUGAAAAGGUGAUAGUCCCAACUGAUACAAAAAUUGAGUUGAUCAACCGGCUUUCCAAAACAGGCCUGCCGGCAAUAGAAGUGACCAGUUUUGUCUCAUCCAAAUGGGUGCCUCAGAUGGCAGAUCACGAAGAAGUAAUGAGGGGCAUUGAGCGGCAUCCUGGAGUCCAAUAUCCCGUUCUCACACCUAAUCUUCAAGGUUUUCAUUCCGCUAUUGCAGCAGGAGCUACAGAAGUCUCAGUAUUUGGUGCAGCAUCUGAAUCUUUUAGCAAAAGGAAUAUUAAUUGUUCAAUUGAAGAAAGCAUAGAAAGAUUUGAAGAAGUCAUUAAAUCUGCAAGGAAUAUGAAUAUUCCAGUGCGUGGGUAUGUGUCCUGUGCCUUGGGAUGCCCAUAUGAAGGAAACAUUGUACCAGAUAAAGUGGCAGAAGUAUCUAAGCGGCUGUACAGUAUGGGCUGUUAUGAAAUCUCUCUGGGAGAUACAAUUGGUGUGGGGACACCUGGAAGUGUGAAAAAAAUGCUGGAAGCUGUUAUGAAAGAAAUUCCUUUGAGUGCUCUUGCUGUUCACUGUCAUGACACAUAUGGCCAGGCGUUAGCUAAUAUCCUCACAGCCAUACAGAUGGGAGUUGCUGUAGUGGAUUCAUCUGUUGCAGGACUUGGUGGUUGUCCCUAUGCAAAAGGUGCUACUGGAAAUGUAGCCACAGAGGAUGUGAUAUACAUGCUGAAUGGUUUGGGGAUCAACACAGGAGUAAAUCUUUGUGCUGUGAUGGAAGCUGGAAACUUCAUCUGCACAGCAUUGAACAAGAAAACAAACUCAAAGGUUGCACAAGCUUCCUUCAGUACUGGAGCUAUCAAUUAAAUGGAUUUUUCUUUUUGCAGCUUGAUUACAUUUUCCAUUUACCUUGACCAAGGACAUUUGCAUCAGGAAAAGAAACAAGAAAACUAUUGCAUCAAGGAAGCAAAAUGGAACUGAUAAAUAUAUUUUUUUUUAAUGGGAAGAAUUAUUGUGCUGUACUGUCAGGAAUUGUCUGAUUUGUAAGUAAGAAAUAAAUGACUGUAGUACAGAACCCUGUACUUGGUACUUCUACAGAUGAGAACAGUGUAUAAACGCCAGGAUAUUUUACCAUGUUUUAAAUUGAAUUUUUAGUUCUUUUCAGAAAAACCAGGUACAAGCAAUGAGUACAUAGUUAAAUUUUAAUCAAGAUGUCUUUCAGAACAGUACAAAUAUUUUCAGUAGUUUAUGACAUCUCACACUGUGUGUGGCCAUUCUAUUAUGUAUUUUAUUUAUCUGAAUUCUCACUUUUCCUUUGUCAAGUCACUGUUAUGAACAUGGAGCCAAAUCUGAAGUCACCAUAAGAAACUUUUAGCAAUAGAAUUUCUUUUAAAUUUAACAUCUGUUAAAUUAUGGAUGACUUUAUCUUGUUCCAAGACAUUGUGAUGAAUGGCACUCUGCCAGAUCCUUCAAAUCCUCCUGCAAAUUUCCUUAUUUGUUACAUAUGUUAAAUAUGUUGUAGUUGCCUUUUUUGGUCAACUUAUUAAAAUCUAAUUAUAUGAAGCAAGUAAAAAACUGGCAAGGUUUUCAACAUCAUUCAUGUUCAUAGUGGUGUAGAAGAGGCUACAUUUUCAUCCAAAGUUUGAACAAUUAGAUUUUUCCAUUCUGUAGGUGAUGAACUGAUAUUCUCAUUCAGAAGUCACAGUUGUUUUAGGAUAAUAGUAUUUUGCUGGACUAGCUUACACAAGGGAGACAAAUUAUUUUUUGUGCUCUACUGAUAAUGAUACUGUUCUUUUAAAUGCCUUAGUUCAACAAGAUGCUAAUGAACUGCAAUUCAAUUUUUGAUCAAUAAUGAACAAAUGGACAAGUUCAAAGAGCCUUAUCCUAUUUAUAAGUGUUCAAGUGUGCCAUGAAAAUACUGUCAUGUUUUUCAGCCUGAAACUUCAGUACUCCUACUGGUUGGUUGUGUAGGAUCUGUCUAUACUUCUCUGUGUACUUAACCUUGAUCUGUAUUUUUUCUGAACAUGGCCUGUUGACAGGAAAAUCUAAAACCCUGGACUGUGGUCUUCAUCUAUAUUCUCAAUUUUCCUCAAAAAUGUGAAAUCUUUUCAAAAGGUAAGAUGAAAGAAAGUGAAAGAUAACACAUUAAAAAAAAGGCUGAAUAAUUUUUUGUCUGGAACUCAAGUCUGCCAAGUUACAGCUGAGUCAUAGUUUGCCUUUGAAAUACCAAAGUGGGUUUUUCUGAGAUCUUUUAGCCAGCUAUGUCGUUCAGAAUUGGCAUAACUUAAGAAAGUCAAUCUUUGCAUUCCAGGCAACGCUAAGCUAUAAAUUUGAUAUAAUACCUCUAUCCUGUUUAUGCCACAAAUUUUAUAGUCAAAAUUAAUUGUAAGCUACUUUGUUUCACUCUUCUCAUGGUAAAAGUUAAAGGAUAAACAAAGAAAUGUGUUCAGGUGAGGCAAGAAAUAUCUUGCCUGUUAUUCCAAAAUGCUAAAUCGUUCCUGUAGAAUCUACUAAGACUUUCAAGUACUCCAAGAUGUGAACAGCCUGAUUUUCUUGACCUACUCUAGAUACAUGGUUGGAUCACCACAAAAAAGCUCUUUCCUCUUUUUACCGUGUUUCAGUUGGGACUUUGCUAUUUAGCAGCCACUAUAGCUCAUAUACCAAAACAUGAACUUAAAUAAAACUAGGUCUUGAACCAUUCACAGACUUUAAAAUUCUGUAAUGGAUUAUAGCCAAUGAAGAGGUGAGGAAACUGCAGCAGUAUUUAGAGUGUAUUCACUCUAAUAAUUAGUAGUUAAGCCUAAACGUAGUGCCAGAAUUGACAUCUUAAAGACUCCCUAAUUUAUAUGCCAUUUACUCCUGAAGGUGACUAACCUUACUGUAAUACUUUCCUAUUUAAUAAUAAAUUUUCCUGUUUAGUUUUCUCUGCAGGCAUAGAAUUGGCUCAUUUUGAGCUCAGGUGAGCAGUUUUCAUGUAGGUCCUGAUGAAUUUUCUUCCACCCAAGACCCUCUGAGCAACCAUGUUUAAUUGACAUAAACAAUACUGAACUUCUCAAAGACUGAAAGUGAAGUCAGCCCUUGAAAAAAAAAGCAGUUGUGAUGCAAACCUGAAUGUGAGACUAAACAACUGAACUGAGACUGAGCCUGCUGCAAAACCUGGAGAAAUUAAAUACACACCCAUGACAAGACCUGAGGGAAUGGCCUGAAUUUGUGUCAGGGGAGGUGUAGGUUGGAUAUCAGAAAAAGGUUCUUCACUCAGAGAGCAGAGGGUGCUUGGGCACAGGCUCCCCAGGGCAGUGGUCACAGCACCAGACAGAGUUUGAGAAGUGUUUGGACAAUGCUCUUGGGCACACGGUGUGACUCUUGGGGAUGGUGCUGUGCCUGGCCAGGGUUUGGACUUGAUGAUCCUUGUAGAUCCCUUCCAACUCAGUUUAUCCUGUGAUUAUGAACUGAAAAAGAACACACUUUCUAGUAAAUCUGGAUGAAUUUGUGCCACUGGGUAGAAUGGAAUUAGAAAUUCCUAAGACCAGAAAAAUCCCAAGAAAAAAUGUCAGUGCCUCUGCAACAGAUGGCAGGGUUCUUUUCCUUGAAGAUGAUGGUGAGGCCUUCAGAUCAGCCAAGUAAGGAACUGAACAGCUGCUGUCCAUUUUUAUGCCUCUGUGCUCAGUGCAUCCUAGGCUUCUGUAAUAGUUUUAAUUUUGACAACCGGGUGGAAACACUAAUUAAUGUAGUUGUUUCACAUUCGCUAAAUUCUGGUCUUAGUACUCACUCUUUUUCUGUGUGAGAGAGACUAGGAGAAAAACAAAGUAGGCUUAACCUUAAAAAUGAACAAAUAGUUUUAUUAACACACACUAAAAGAAUAGAAAAAGAAAGUUGGGGAAAAAAAUAAAACAGAAUGAAACUCUAAAAACACUCUUCCCUCCCAUUAGCAGGUUCCCAAGCUGCUUAUGGGUCAUGGGUCUUAGACUCUUGUAUGCUGGGGUGUCACCUUUUAAAGAUCAAUAACUCCAAAAGCAAAGGAUUCUUCAUCUCAAGGCACAGAGAUAUCUUCUCACUUCUUCACUGGCACAGAGGGCUUCUCAUCUCUAUCUCUGUUAAAGCAUCUUAUAGGAUUAAUAUUACAUAGUACAUUACCAACACCUUUGCUUAAAUCCACACACAAAUCUAAACAAUCAUCUCCCUAAAUGCUUAUCUUUCCCAUGAUGUAAAGGAAUGAUCUAAAUAUAGAGUUCAUUUCCAUGGCUCAAAUAAGAAUAGAGCAACCAACUCUUUAACCCCCUGUCCCAACAGUCUUUUCACUCUCACUCUACUGACUUCAUGCUGUUUUCUUCUUUAUGUUCACUCUGUCCUUUCUUACUCUCUCAGAGAAGGGCCAAGCUCUGGAAGCUUCAUGUUGCCAGGAAAGGGUUAAAUCUGCUCAAAGUCUUUGUCUCUCUCUCUCUGUAGCUGCUGGUGUUAGAUGUUCAAGGCCGCGCUGGUGAGGGAGGAAGAACUCACACAGAAACAUCAGAGAUCAGAGCACUCAGGCAGUCUGGAAUUACAAAAAAACCCAGGCAGGAUCAUAAAUGCCUUUUCAGCCCACCCCUUGGUGUAAAUCGGGGCGGCCUCAGCCUAAAUGGUGCCCAUAGCUCUUAUCAGGGGCCCAGCAGAGAUCUCUCCCUGCUCCAAGGAAGUUUGGAGAAAGUAGUUGUUGUAAAGCAGCAACCUCUCCUCCACCCCCCACACCCAGGAGCCGAUGGAAUCCGGCCAGGCCUCAGGCCAGCUCCCCACAAAAGGGAGGAGCAGCAGGCUCAACUCGAUGUUACCUGUCUCUCUCUGGCCAAAGAAAAGAAAGAAAAGACCCACCUACAGGAAAUCAAGGGGUUUUAUAUGGUACUUCCCAAAGUCAUAGCCAACAAUUUUCAGUGGUCAAAACAGAUGCCAAUAUUCCAGCUAACCCUCUGAUAGGUCCCUGUCCUUUCUAAAGCAAUUCCCAGGUCCUGACCCAGAGAAUCAUUCUACAUUCCUCUAUAACUAAAAAACCAAACUGUACUAACCCAUGACAGCUUCUCAGCAUAUGGACUGUCUGGUUUGCAAUUCUAAGGCUCUUGAUUCUCCCUGUGCAGUGAAACAGAGUACCUAUUAAAUCAUGUGGAUGAACAACAUAAAAUGUCUCAGUUCUUUAUUGGGUCUGUUUUAGAAACUACUUGGAAAUUUGUGGAGAGCCUUAAUUGCAGGUCUGUUAUUCUGUAAUGAUGUGAACAUUGGAAAAGAUGAGCAGUCACAUCUGGAGCCCGUACUUUACCCACAUGUUCAGCUUCAAACACAUCAUGAGUUAUAGUAAUCCAGGGUGGAGGUCACAGACAAAUAGAUUGUUUGUCAGGAUUGUUACAAGAGAGAGAAAAACAUAGAGCCAGAAUAAAAAAAAAAAUGCAAACCCCAACCCAGUGUUUAUGUGCCAAAGUUGCCACCUGGGGUGAAUUUAGUUCUGUGGGUCCAGGUGAGCAAUCCCUAUAAAAUCCUUGUUUAUUUGUAGUGUGACUGAGAAUCCUGAGACAUCUUACGUUCUGCCUACUGACAUUUUUUAGAUGUGUAAAAUGCUGCUGCUCUGCUUUCCUGUGCUGGCAUAAUUUUGACUAUGCAGAACAUUUUGACACCUAAUCUCUGGCUUCACAAAAUAAGCAUCUAUUGCUUUUAAUAGCAAAGGUUAAUCCAAUAGCUAUGCCAUGAGCGUGCAUCAUUCACAUAGGCAGCAUUGAAUUCAGGACAUAGUAAAACAGCUAAGACUAUACCCCUUCAAAAACAUGUCAAGACGUGGGAUGAGGCUCUUCAGUGCUUCUGACUUCCUAAACCUUUAUGCUUAUAUUUAGAGUGGUGUCUGCUCCAUCACAAGUGGUACCUGCUCUUUUAGUCCCUAUCACUGUCCCCAAGUGAAUACAUCGCUGUCACUUCACCCUGAAGUAGCACCCUGGCUGUGGAGGGCUUGCAUCCAGGGGUUUGGCUUCUGUGGGCAGGUGUUCUUAUCACUGUGUCAUUAUAAAAAUUAUAAGUCAUGAUAUUACAUUGUUAAAGGCAUGACUAGUCUGCUUUGUUGGAGGAGAAGUUGAUCAGUUCCAGUAGUAUGGGCAUAAUCAUUCUUCAGUGCCUUCCAGAACACAGCAAUGACAUAGAUCCCAUACGGUUCUAAUGUUUUCCAGAAGCAGCUUGCUUUUGUAGUUUAAACUUUUAUGUAUUCAGGCAACUUGGCUCUGGACCAGCACUUUAAUGGUUCAUUUUCAUGUAUAACCAGAGCUUAUGAAAUAAGAACUAAAUAUUGUAGUGUUGUGAAUAAGUCCAGAGAGGCUUUGGCUAAUUUUCCUCUUUUAAUAGUGUCAUUUGAGUUCAUAAAACUUUUAUUAUUGUAUUAAGGAGUCACAAAAUGAAGACUACAAGUCUGUGAGGUAAAAUUCUUCUUUUUGGGAUUGGUGCUGUUGAAAUGAAGUAAUUCUUAUCCAAAGAGUUAUUGUGAAUGUAUAAGAUCUGCCUGCUUUUUCACUGAGUUUGUUCUAAGGGGUUGAAAUAUUGUUUAGAUACUGUGAUAUCAGAAAAUCAGUGCUUUCUGCCAUUGAAUUUUUCUGUGAUUUCUAGCACUGCCUUAAAUUCUCUUCAUUGACUGUGAAGUAUCUAGAAAAGUAUCUAAAGAGGUAUAAGAGUGGCAAGAAGUAAAUGAAUUCCAGUUCUUGGCUUGCUGAUCAAUGCUUUUGCUAUGUUAUAUUUUUGAAGGUUAUUUUUCUCUGCAGUCCUGCUGUAAUGCAGUUGAUCUUCAUUGCUGCAAUAACACAGCAGGCAGAAGGACUACAGCCAAAUUCAACUUAGUCCUGUGAAACCAAUGUCAAAGAGAUGAUAUGUUUGUCAAGGAAUUGUCAUGUAUCCACCUGGUUAAAUGUAUUUGUGAUUUUGCAAUAUGUGGUGUUAAAGCUGAAAUAAAACCUGUCUCACUGUUUAAUGAAACUGAUAUGCUCGUGUAUUAUGCCAGAUUCAGCAGCUCUGACUAACCAGCUCGUGCAUACAGACUUCGCAAAUAUAAGCCGUCACUAACA